GAACUAAUUGAAAAGGGAGAGAAAUUAUCAAAACCAAAGGAACAAUUGAAGCUCUCAUAUGAUGAAAUCCAAUCGGCAUUGUCACUAAUGAGAAUAAGAGACAAGACCAUUCAGAUGACACCAUGUGACGAGAGUCAACUUCUUUGCGACAAAGGUUUUAAAAUUUUUCUGAAGAAAGAAUUACACCAGAUAAUGGGCAGCGUCAAAGCACGCGGCGCAGUUUAUUCUCUACUACGGUUAUCGAACAAGCAAUGCAAGGGCGUGAUAACAACUUCAACGGGCAGUUUCGCACAUACCCUCUGCCAUUUUGGAAAGGAGUUUGGAAUACCGGUAAAUGUUAUGAUACCAGUAUCAGAAGCCGUUGCAGAAAAAAUCGAUGCGUGUCUACAUCUCGGAGCAUCUGUGUCCCUCGCCAGUUAUGAUAUUGUAGAAGCACAUAAGGAAGCUUUGAAGAAGGCCCAGGAUAAAGGCUUAGUUUACAUUGACGGGUACUCCUUUUUUAUCAAUUAAUUAGGUUGAAACUAGGGUAGAAAAAAUAUUUUAAAAGAAACUUUUUAUCAUUAUACCGUUACUCAAUAUCUAAGAAGUAAUUAGAGGAUACCGGGGCUCGUUGGCACAGUUUUCACAAUUUUAGCAUUUGAUUUUUUAUUAUUACAAUAAAUUACUGUUGUUACUCAAAAAAGCAUGUCGUAUAGCAAUAGAAACUUUCUUUUCAAUUAAUAAUACAUCACUUUAAUUUACUUCUCAAGCUGAAGAACAUUAAUACAAUAUUUUGAGACGCUCGAAAAUUUACUUGCCACCUCUUGAAUCAGAGUUUUCUCUUUUUUUUUUUAUUGUAAUACUUGUUUGGUUUAAGUAAAACUUUGGGAAAAGUAUUUAUAUCAUAAAAGAGAUAUUUUGUAAUAACAUUUCUAUUGUUUCUUUCGCCAUAAAUAUAUAGACGGAACGCAAUGCCAACUUGCCUUUUGUGUCAAGAUCUCCCCUACUUUCUUUGUUACACUUUUCUUAAUAUUGAUAUAAAAUGCUGAUAUUAUAUAUAAAUUUUAGUGGUAUAAAUAGAAUCAUAAAUAGAAUAUAUCAUGGAAUCCUCGGGUAAAGGGACAAUACUCGCAACUCGUGCGUUCGCGUAAAAGAGUCACGGUCGUUCUCGUUCCGCGUAUACUUGGCAUGAGACACUACCGUGUUUCUUGAUAAGAU